UCUUAGUAUUCUAAGAAAUGGCCGAGAAGCAUAACUUCAAAACUUCAACUGCAGUGGAAGAGAUUAUCCUCAGAAUCUCUGGCGCUAUUCUCCAUCUGAUCGACAACCAGUACAGCACAGAACUAGCUCACGGUGAUCUUUCUAUCUUAAGGGUCCAACAAGGUAACAGUACAGUUGCUAUUAUAAUCCGCGUCUCCGAUCAGAUCCAAUGGCCGCUAUCCAAGGACCAGGCGGCGGUGAAGCUGGACGAAUCGCAUUACUUCUUCUCGUUCAAAGUACCAGAGGAGAAUGAACCGGGCUCGAGCGACGAUGAAGAAGACAAGUGUGGAAAAGAGUUGACUAAUAAUUUUCUGAACUGUGGAUUGACGGUAGUAUCAAAGGGUCAACAAGAUCUGUUAAAGGAACUCGAUCAGAUCUUGGAAAAAUACAGCAACUUUUCUGUACAUAAAGUGAAAAAGUUGAAUGGGUCAGAAUUGUCUCCGGAAGAUUUGAAGUUAGAGAAGAUUGAGGAGGAAAGUGCGGCGUAUUGGACUAUUCUAACACCAAAUAUAGAAGAUUACAGUGUAACUGCUGCAAAGUUGAUUGCUGCUGGUUCAGGCCAGCUAGUUAAGGGAAUUUUAUGGUGUGGUGAUGUGACAGUUGAAAGACUCAAGUGGGGGAAUGAGAUUGUUAAGAACAAGUCGAAGCAGAAUCCGCCAACAAAGAUCCAUCCCGAAACGUUAAAGAAGAUUCAAAGGAUCAAGAGGGUGGCAAAGAUGACAGAGGAAGUGAUUGGUGGGAUUCUUUCAGGGGUUAUCGAGAUUUCAGGAUUCUUCACAAAUUUUGUUGUUUAUUCAAAUAUGGGCAAGAAGUUCUUCAAUCUACUUCCUGGUGAAAUUGUUCUUGCUUCCAUGGAUGGAUUCAACAAAAUAUGUGAUGCUGUUGAAGUUUCUGGGAAGAAUGUUACUACAAAUUCAUCCAUUGUGGUCUCUGAAUUUGUCACCCACAAAUAUGGAGAAGAAGCAGGUAAGGCAGCAAAUGAAGGGCUUGAUGCAGCUGGGCAUGUCAUUGGCAGUGUAUGGGCAGUUUUUAAAAUCAGUAAAGCCUUCCAUCCCAAGAGUGUUAUAAAACCUACCCCAUUGGUUAAAGUAGCCAAAAGACUAUUCUCACGCCUCUAAAUUUAAAAAAGCAAAUAGGCAUGAAUGUCAUGGAAUCAAUCUUAAUUUCAGAUUUUAUUGGGAUUGGAAUAGAGUUGUCUUAAUUAUUUUAGUUUUUACU